AUGAGGCUCUGCUCGCGUCUUCUGGCGGCAGGAUGCUGCUCCGUGCUGGCCAUCACGGGAGUCAACGCUUCGGCAAACGUCCGUUUCAAAUGGGACGACGUCAAGGCCAGCGAUGAACUCGAGUAUCACGACUGCUAUGGCGAAUACAAGUGCGCUCGCCUGGAGGUGCCUCUUGACUGGGUCAACGAGACAGAUACAAGAGUAGCCACCAUUGCCAUGAUCAAGCUGCCUGCCGUCGUGCCAGACGACGAUCCUGCCUUUGGCGGCGCCAUCUUCACCAACCCCGGAGGACCUGGUGGCUCUGGUGUCGAAUUUAUGCUCAGGUUCGGCCAUUAUCUUCAGUACACGGUCGAUAAACCGGGACGCCGCCAUUACGAGAUUGUCUCUUUCGACCCCCGUGGCGUUGGCAAAACGACUCCGGCUUCCGACUGCUUCAAUGGAAACUUGCUGGCGCGAGACGCUUUCCUGCUGGAAAACCGCGGCAACGGCGCUCUCAUUAAGGGCGACAGCACCAUUGCGUACAGCCUUGCCAUCAUGGAUGCUUUUGGCCAGCGCUGUCAGGAGGCUGAAGACGCCAUGGCCUUUGUCGGAACGCCCAAUGUCGCACGCGACAUGGUCGAAAUGGUUGACAGAAUCGACGAGCUGCGCAAAAAGGAGGCCACUCAAAAACGUACAGGGUAUGGAGCACCGGACACAUACGACUCCGACAUGGGGGGAGAGCUUAAGAGGCGAUCUGCUCCCAAGAGGAAGUCGGCCGAGCUCCACGACGAACCUGGCGAUGUUCCCCGUCUUCAGUACAUUGGAUUUUCAUACGGCACCGUCCUUGGCAACUACUUUGCUUCCAUGUUUCCCGGCCGUGUUGGCCGCUUGGUCCUGGACGGGGUUUGCAAUAUUGACGACUACACAACGGGCCCAGGCUGGCUUACAAAUACUGUUGAUGCAGAUGAGAUAUUCGAUCACUUCUUUGAGGGCUGUGCCGCUGCCGGUCCCGAAGUAUGCGCCCUGGCUCGUGAGUCGGACGCCCACGGAGCAUCCGACAUACGCCGUCGGUUUGACGCUUUCCUAUCAGAGUUGGAUCACACACCCAGAGCUGUGCUGGCAGAUUCGGGAGACGUCGUUAUCGUCACUGGCUGGGACAUUCGACUGCUGGCCGGCCUGAUUCUUUAUGCACCUUUGAAGCGGUUCAAGUGGCUUGCAGCGAUAUUUGACAAGUUCAUAUCCGGAGACCUGACAGACAUCGCCAUCUGGGCCGUGGGAACAGGCUUGGUGCCCCGCAUGAAAGACGCAUGCCCCCUAGGCGACGAGGCCUGGCCCAUUGAGAGGACCGAGGCUCAGAACGCCGUCGUCUGCAAUGAUGGCGACGACGUUUCCCACAAGGACGUCGCCUUUUGGCACAAGUACGUGAAGAACCAGAUGGACACUUCCAACAUCCUUGGCGCCGAAUGGUCUACAAUCCGCAUCCCAUGCUCAAGCUGGCGUAUCCGCCCCAACUGGCGGUUCAAAGGCCCCUUUACCACCCCCGAUCCGGAUCCCGCCCUCCGGCCGGGCACUCCCGCAGCCCCUAUCCUCUUCCUCUCCAACCGACUGGACCCCGUCACGCCACUGCGAGCCGCCCAGGCCAUGGCCGACCAACACCCCGGCGCCCGGGUCCUCAUCCAGGAGGCCAUGGGCCAUUCCGCAGUGGCGUCUUCCCCCAGCCAAUGCACCAGGAAAGUCGUGGCCGACUACUUCGAAUCUGGCACCAUCCCCUCGGAUCUGCCACCGUGUGAGGCUGACUGCACCCCCUGGGACGAGUCAUGCCCAUUUUUGGGCGCAAUGGGGCGCAAGAACAAAGAUGCCGAUGCCAUGUCUACCUGGUUCAACCGAAACCAGCCCUUGCGGGACAGGAAAUCCCCUCUUGGCUUGCUAUAA